CCAUUUCAUUCCAUUCCAAUCCGUUCCGUUCUUGACAUUCGAAACCGCACCAACUACUCUAGACCAGCACGGUGUCGACAGCCCACCGCCACCAUGUACACGAAACUCCCCGUCAUGAUGAUGAACAAGAACGACUACACGGAGAUCAGCGAGGACCACCCCGGGGCCUACGGCAAGGGCCAGGAGUCGGUAGGAACCUCGGCGAACCUCGCCCGCGAGCGACGGAACCGAAACCGGUUCUGGGACGCCGGGUCCUUCUUCCGAUCGUGGUCCCUGAUGAAGGUGGUGAUGCUGGCCAUGGUGGUCCUGCUGCUGGCCAUCAUCGUCUUCCAGGGCGUCGAGGAGCACAGCUACAGCGAGCACGAGUGGCUGGAGGAGCAGGAGGAGGCCCAGGUACGGGAGUACAAGGCGGCCCUCUCGAACGCCGAGACCAGCGCCAAGCGCAGGUCCUUUGUCCACCGCGAGGCGGGCAAGAUCCCCAUGCCCUCCGGGGUCAACCUGGGCUCCUGGCUCUCCCUGGAGGACUAUUUCUUUGCCGGCCCGCACAACGCCAUCGAGGUGGCCACCCCCGGGCAGGGGGCCGGGGCAAAGAAGGUUGCGGCCUGCCUGCCUCCGCUGCACGUGGGCUCUUCCACCGGUCCGAAGUGGCACAGCGAGACGGACCUCUUUCGGAGCCUCAUGGACCCGAUUGCCACAAAGGGCGGGAGCGUGGCCCACGCGAUUCGGGUCUUUGCGGCCCACCGGACGGCCUUUGUCGACCUGGAAACCGAUCUGGAGCGGGUGGCCUCGCUGGGGAUCACCACGGUGCGGGUCCCCAUGAGCUGGUGCUGGACCGACAGCGAUCCACGGACCACCGAUCUGUCCUCCCUGACCGACGAGGAGCUUCUGGAGCGAUUCGCGUGCGAGGAUCCCUUCUUCCAGAACGGGGCAGGCAGCGACGGUGACAGCGGCAGCCAGCCAAAGCUGCCGAUGCUCUGGCCGGCAAUUCCCAAGGCCCUGGUCGAGGACCUGCUGAGGGCCUGUGCCAGGGCGGGGAUCAAGGCCUCCCUGGACGUCCACACGCUCCCGGGGGGGACCUCGAUCGGGACCUUCUCGGGGGUGUGGCCCAACUGGCCGAGGUUCUGGACACACGGCGGGGACGGGGUGGAAGAGGACGGCCAUCCUGCCGGGACGAGGGGCUUUGGAGUCGGCCACGAGCUGUUUCGGACCCUCGUGGCGUGGAUGGAGGACCUGAGCGUCCGGGACCCCCUGGCCUUUUCGGGGCUGAGGGGCAUCUCCCCGAUGAACGAGCCGGCCCACCUGGCCGGGAAUUUCGGGGAAAGCGACCCCGACAACUUCCUGCCGCCGCUCCCGCCGGGCCUCGCCGCGGGUUUUCGGGAGGGCCUCGGCGGGGGGCUCCCCGACGGGUCGCACCUCCGGGUAUUGUACUGGUUCCACCGGACCAUCACCAUCUUUCGGGAAUCGAGGCUCCCGGCCCUCGGCGUCGAGCUCCAGGCAAACAUCAUCGAGAGCAUCUUUCCGUGGCUGGCCCCCGACGGGGCCAGCGAGCUGGAGGACGGGAUGCUCAAGCUCGGGGCGAUCGCCGAGUGGUGGUGCCCGGAGGGUCCAAAGGGGAAGAAGAACGGCGUCACCGCCACUACCACCGCGGAGGAGCGGUCGACCUGGGCCGUCCUGGACAUCCACCACUACCACGCCUGGUCCUCGGUGUGCUCCGGUACGGUGGACGGCCAGGACUCGGCCUAUGCCUGCAGCGACGCGGACCGCCGGGGGGAGGUCCUGGGGGAGUGCACCCGGUUUGCCGGGGUCUACCGGGAGGCGAUCGACAAGCAAUGCGGCGCCGCCCGCAGCAGGUCCAAGCCGGCCGCCUCGUCGGCCACCGCCAGGCUCAUGAGCGCCGAGUUCUCCGCGGCCUCCCACCACUCGGUCCGGCGGGCCUGCAACGACCUCGGCAGCCUGCGGGACUCCUACGCGCGGCAGGUCACGGCCGCCGAGGCGGCGGGCGUCGAGCUCUUCUAUUGGAGCUACCAGAUGCCCUACGGAGGGGCCUUUCGGAGGGCCUGGAGCUUCCGGGAGCUCAUGUACGGCCUGGGGGUCCUGGACCGGCCCGACGCCCCCCUCUUCGACUGCGACUCCGGCCUGGCCUACGACCCGGACCUCCCGCCGUAGCCGAGACGAAAGGAGACGAAGCGAAACGAAGCGAAACGAAACGGAAAGUCCAGAUCCCC